UUCCGGUACUCUCAAGCCUGCCCGUGUGUCCCCACCGGAAAAGUCCGGAGAGAAAUGUUGCCACCGCGGGAAAGGAGCCGGCUGUAGCUUGGUUCCUGCGCGCAUGCUGGGGCUGUAAGGAGCGGCUUUGUGGACUGCUUGUGGCUCAGGGAGGAGGACACCGGGGCUCGCCUUCCCUCCUCUCCUGCUGCUGCCGCCAUGAUUCCAGUGUCGCUGGUGGUGGUGGUGGUGGGUGGCUGGACUGCAGUGUACCUGACCGACUUGGUGCUGAAGUCAUCUGUCUAUUUUAAGCAUUCUUAUGAAGACUGGCUGGAAAACAAUGGCUUGAGCAUCUCUCCUUUUCACAUAAGAUGGCAAACAGCUGUUUUCAAUCGUGCCUUCUACAGUUGGGGACGGCGAAAAGCAAGGAUGCUUUACCAAUGGUUCAAUUUUGGAAUGGUGUUUGGCGUAAUUGCCAUGUUUAGCUCAUUUUUUCUCCUUGGAAAAACACUGAUGCAGACUUUGGCACAAAUGAUGGCUGACUCUCCCUCUUCUUACUCUUCAUCCUCAUCUUCUUCUUCCUCUUCCUCUUCCUCUUCCUCAUCUUCUUCCUCUUCAUCCUCUUCAUCAUCCUCCUCUCUUCACAAUGAACAGGUGUUACAAGUUGUGGUUCCUGGUAUAAAUUUACCCGUCAAUCAACUGACCUAUUUCUUCGCUGCAGUUCUCAUUAGUGGUGUUGUACAUGAAAUUGGACAUGGGAUAGCAGCUAUUAGGGAGCAAGUUCGAUUUAAUGGCUUUGGGAUUUUUCUCUUCAUUAUUUAUCCUGGAGCAUUUGUUGAUCUGUUCACCACUCAUUUGCAACUUAUAUCACCAGUCCAGCAGCUAAGGAUAUUUUGUGCAGGUAUCUGGCAUAAUUUUGUCCUUGCACUCUUGGGUAUUUUAGCUCUCAUUCUUCUCCCAGUAAUUCUCUUGCCAUUUUACUACACUGGAGUCGGCGUGCUUAUCACUGAAGUUGCUGAGGAUUCACCUGCCAUUGGACCCAGAGGCCUUUUUGUAGGAGACCUUGUCACCCAUCUGCAGGAUUGUCCUGUUACUAAUGUGCAAGAUUGGAAUGAAUGUCUAGAUACCAUCGCCUAUGAGCCCCAAAUUGGUUACUGUAUAAGUGCAUCGACCUUACAGCAGUUAAGCUUCCCAGUUAGAGCAUACAAACGGCUAGAUGGUUCCACCGAAUGCUGUAACAAUCACAGCCUCACGGAUGUGUGCUUUUCCUACAGAAAUAAUUUUAAUAAGCGUUUGUAUACAUGUCUACCUGCCCGGAAAGCGGUUGAAGCCACCCAAGUUUGUAGAACCAAUAAAGACUGUAAAAAAAGCUCAAGUUCAAGUUUCUGUAUAAUACCUUCUUUGGAAACUCAUACUCGCUUAAUAAAAGUAAAACACCCACCUCAAAUUGAUAUGUUGUAUGUAGGACAUCCUCUGCAUCUUCACUACACAGUGAGCAUCACCAGUUUUAUCCCACGUUUCAACUUUCUAAGCAUAGAUCUGCCAGUGAUUGUGGAGACAUUUGUCAAGUACUUGAUUUCCCUCUCUGGAGCUCUGGCUAUUGUUAAUGCAGUACCCUGCUUUGCUUUGGAUGGACAGUGGAUUUUAAACUCUUUCCUGGAUGCUACCCUUACCUCAGUGAUUGGAGACAAUGAUGUCAAAGAUCUGAUAGGAUUUUUCAUCUUGCUUGGUGGCAGUGUACUUUUGGCUGCCAAUGUGACCCUGGGACUCUGGAUGGUUACAGCACGGUAAUAUUUGCACUCAUCUGACCGAAUCUCUGAGUUAUAAUACACAGCUAUGUGGUAAUAUCCAUUGCCAUUGAAAUCCUUAUUUGGUAUGAAAUGUAAAGUGUUUCUUUAUACUUUUAUCUUAGCCAACAAUUUUGAGCUCCUCCUAUAUCCAGAGUACCUAAACUCUGUGGUAGGGAUAAACAGAAGAAAUAAAAGGCAUAGUUUCUGACUACACUCUAGUUUUAAAAACUAAAUGUACACUGAUGCUUGUGGAAUAAUUUCUAAACAAGUACAAAGUCAUGUAAUACUAUUUUUUGUGACUACAUAUCAAGUUGAAAUAAUAUCAUAGAGAAGAACAGAAUUGGAUGGAAUUAACUGGGAAGAACUUGCAAAAGCAUCAUUAAUCAAGAUUUAAAGACCGGACUUUGACCAAGUGAAAAGGUCACUGUUUCCUUGGCCUAUAUCUCUUGUCCUUUGUCUUGUUUGAAAAGUAUUUUAAAAGUUAAUGUGUAUUAUUUUUUAGUCUGAAAACUGAGGUCUGAUUAUAUUUAAACUAGUAAAAUUUUGUAAAAGAAUCUGCUGACAUGAAAGGGAAAAAUUUUUGUCAAAUGAUGCCAAAUAAAUGAACAAAGUAGGAAGUAGGGCCUAUGAUAUCAAGAGACAUGCUUUGCCCCCACAUGAGUUGCCUUUGAUAAGGUGUUUCUGCCCCCUCAGAAAGCAGCACUGGGCUUGGCAUUCAGAGUGAGCUGCAGAAAUAGUCUCUCACCAGCAACAUGUGCACUGAGGCAGUUAGGGUUGAACCUCAGAACUAAGGUAGGUCUUCUGACAGACCACAGACAGAUCACAGGAUCUUCAGCUGGCCUGGUGACCAAUCUCUAUAGAUCUUUGAAGCUUGAGAACCAUUCCAGAGUAGACAUUUUCUCUUCUGCUGCUGAGGCCAUCUGGGGCCUCCCUGCUGGGUUCCUAUCUUCAAGAAGCAAUGACCUUAAACCCUAAGCCAUACUCUGUCCUCAUCAGUGGCUUCCAUGCCUCUCUGUGUCGGGUAACUAAAUACUUAGUCCUUGCUUUCCAUCUUUCUCCUGAGCUACCUCUUUGGGUCCGUGGAAAACUUGGUAGUACAUUGACAAUGACUACACAUGAGUACAGACAUGAAUUUUCGAGAGCCUGGGAAUUAACUCUUAAGCCCGAAAGAACCACACCUGAUUUGAGGUCUUUGGGAGUAGAGAUACAGCAGUGGAAAAUUGGGAAAUUCAACAGGCCAGUUGCUCUUAGAAAUGUAUGAGCUUACUGUUUCUUUGAUUGCAAAAAAUACACAUUUCUCUCAGGCUCAAGAAGUGAUAAAAGGCAAUAAGUCAUUAGCAACCAUAUAUCCAACCUCUUCUUGAGUGGAGUAUUCCAUGGGGUUAUCUUUUUCAGACCAAUGAAUUGCUCUUUAAGCACUCAAACUUUUUAGUCAUUUUUAAGAAACUUUUUAAGAUUAUAUUACAAAUUUGUCUUCCUUCUUAAACUGAAAUUAUAUAUUGAGUAUAAUUUUAACAUGUUAUUAAUGACUUUGGUCAUCAAUUAAUGUCAGUAAUAAAACCUUACAAAGUAUUAGUUUAUCCCAGAAAAUAUGGCAUUUGUUCUCAUCUUACACAAUCAGUCAGUAUCCUCAUAGUAAUACUCAGACCUAGUGACUAGUAGAGUUCGGGGAAUCAUGAAAUACUUAUAAAAUUGAUUUAAUUAUAUGAACUAAGCAGUUUACUAAUGAAAAUAUUAUAUCAUGUAAAGUCAGAUUUUCUUAAACUGAGAAAAAAAAUAAUAAAGGAAAUCCUAUCUAUGAACUUAUUUUUCUGGGUAAAAAUUCUAAGAUCUCAUUUUUUUUUUUUUUUUUUUUUUUAGCUGUUAAACACUCUGUUGAUUUAUAGGAUCAGGGUUUGGGAAUCACUAUACUAUGAAAUUGAGCAGAUCACUACCAUUUGUACAGAGAUGGCCUCAUUGUGUAAGAAAGGAAAUAUGUGUUUGUUUUCUUUACUUGAUUGUGGGUAAGGACCAUGUCAUAUUCAUCUUUUCAUCCCUGGCACAGUGCAUGAGACAUCCUAAGUACUUAAUAAAUGUGGUUGAAUGGAUAAUGAUUACCAUUAUUUAUGGAUUAGAAAAGCAUGUUUCUAUUUAAGUAAGCUGUAAAAAAUAUUCUUGAAUAUUUACUGUAAAUAUAUGUUAACAUAAAAAAAAAACUUGGGAGGUCUUUGUGUCCCUGGUGUAUUAUCAUCUAUAUGGAAAGAAUCCAUUUUGGUUUCUGUGGCGUGAUUAGAAAAAUGAAUUAUUUCGAAGAUUUGAAGCAAGUAUUCUGUGUUGUCACUUUGUUCAACAGUAAGACUUUAUUCUCAGUGUUCCUACUCUGCGUUGUUUACAUUUUUGAGAGUUUUCUUAAAUUACCUACAAUCUAUAAAGAAUGUAUAUAUUCUUUUCAGCAUCUCAGUUUGAAAAGACAUGCAGUUAAACUUGACCUUUUGAUAAUCACUCUUAUUGAGGCAAGAGAAUUGUCUGUUCUAAUAGCAAAUUGUAAACAUGUGCUUCAUAGAUAACUGUGGCUCUCAGUCAUCAUUUUGUCCUAUGGUAUUUAUUAAAUGUUCACAUACUAACGGUGCACAGGUAUUUUUUUCUAUAAAUCCUUUGAAGGUUCUGUACGUCAUUCUUAAGCUUUAACUUGAAGAUAUCAUAAUUGCCAGCAUUGGAUGUUUAGCAAUAAAAGAAUAAAUGUGUACCAGCAUGUUACGUUUA